AUGUUCGGGUCGAGCGGCGCGUGCGCGGCUUGCGGCCAGGCGAUCCCCGCGAGCGAGUUCGUGAUGCGCACCAGCGCGCCGCAGCAGCCCCUCCACGUCUUCCACAUAAAGUGCUUCGCCUGUUCCAAGUGCGGCUCGCACCUCAUGCAGGGCGACAGGUACUACAUGCUGGCGGGGUCGCUGGUGUGCGAGCAGGACUGGCAGAAGCUGAUGAAGAGCGCCAGCGCUGCGCCCGGGCCUGGGGCGCCGCUGCGCAAGGGCAAGGUGGGGCGCCCGCGCCGUUCGCGCGAA